AUGGAUAUUCAGAAGGUUUCCGAAGAUGCUCAAUGCAGGAUUUUCUCGGCCACUCUAUCUGAUGCUACUCAGGAGUGGUAUUUUAAAUUUCCACUGACCAACAUAACUUCAUGGGAAAUGUUCAUCAAGGAGUUUUACAAAAAAAUUUAUGCUAGUUGCAUACAUUCAAUCGAAGCAAAUCAACUGGUAGAUAUAAGGCAAAAGGAAGGAGAGCCUCUCAAAGAGUAUAUUAAGAGGUUCGUGAAAGCAGUUGCUCACGCCAAAACGGUGGGAAAUGAAGGAAAUAUGAUGGCCAUUAUAGCUGGGGUACAUCUUCAAUCCCCAUAA